AGUUGUUUUCAACUAGUCCGAGUGAACAGUUCAAGUUUUCCAUUUUCGAUUGCGUGUUUCCAAGCUCAGCAGUCUGGUUUCAAUUUAUUUGAUUGCUUAAGAAACUAUUUGAAGAAGAGAAGAAGACGUGCAUUUGUGCUUAAAAAUAGUUAGCCUGAGGUGACGUUUUUGGGUUACCCACUACACACCAGUGAAAAACAAAACCUGAUCCGCUUUCGAUGCUCAAAUCAAUCGCCAGUUUCUUGAACUACAAAUCUGUCGCAAGAUACCAUAGAAAUAGCAUGAGUGAUAAACUUUCAUUGUGAGGGAAUCCGUGUCCGAGUGAGCAAAAGCGAGUUGUUUCAAUCUUUGAGGGCGUGUUUGAUAAAUUAUCAGUAGGGCAAGACUUUCAAGAAACAUGUUGUCCACAAUGAUCCGAGCUACUGGACCGCUGCAGGUCGCCGUCGGCCGUCAGCUGAUCCGUUCGACGGAAGCGCCGAAUUCGAUGCAGCAUUUCCGGGCCAUUUCGAAAAGCAGCGAAGUCAACCAUUCCGACUAUAUGACCAUGCGAGAAAACCAGCGGCCGAAAGUGAGCCGGGACUACCAGAGUAAAUUGCAGAUAAGACUGAAGAAAGUGUCGAGGACACUUUCGACGCUGAACCACUCCGUACCGGAGGCGAUCCAGCACACGGCCGUCUCGAAAACCGAGAGCCGCGAGUUUAUGGCUGUGUUUCCCGAUCUAGUCCGCGAUCUGACCGAGUUCGCCAAGAAGUACGACAGCAAGGUGGCGGACAAGUGGUUCGCCCGGGCCCUCCAGUACAAUGUCCCGCAGGGUAAGAAAAACCGCGGACUGGCUGCCGUCCUGUCGUACCGUAUGCUGGCCAAACCGGAGGAGCUAACACCGGAAAACAUUCGCCGGGCCCACUAUCUCGGCUGGUGCAUCGAAAUGUUCCAGUCAAUGUUUCUGAUCUGUGACGAUGUCAUGGACGGCAGUCAGACUCGCCGUGGUCAACCAUGUUGGUACAAGGUAGAGGACGUAAAGAUGACCGCCAUCAACGAUGCCCUGAUGAUCGAUGCCGCCAUCUACCACGUGCUGAAGAAGCAGUUCGGCGAUCAGCCGUACUACACAAAGCUGGUAGAGAUGUUCUCCGACAUUAAGUUUAUCACCACCGUCGGACAGUCGCUCGAUCUCCAGUCUGCUAAGCUAGACGUCACCAAAUACACGAUGGAUCUGUACAAAUCGAUCGUUUCCCAUAAGACUGCCUACUAUACGUUCUACCUGCCGGUGGCACUGGCCAUGCACAUGACCGGCUUCACGGAUCCGGAAGUAUUCCGCCAGACUAGGACCAUCCUGCUGGAGAUCGGUCAGUUCUUCCAAGCUCAGGACGAUUUCCUAGACUGCUUCGGUGACCCGGCGGUGACCGGUAAGAUCGGCACCGACAUCGAAGAGGGCAAAUGCACCUGGUUGGCUGUCGUUUGUAUGCAGCGGGCCGCCGAAGACCAGAAGCAAAUCAUGAAGGAGUGCUACGGUUCGACCGACCCCGACAAGGUGGCACGGGUUAAGAAACUGUACGAAGAGCUGGGUCUGCCGACGACCUACGCCAUCUACGAGGAGGAAUCGUACAACAUGAUCAAAACGCAUAUCCAGCAGAUUUCGCGAGGUCUUCCGCACGAUCUGUUCUUCAAGAUUAUGGAGAAAAUUUACCGACGGGAUUGCUAGACGGCAAGCCGAACUAAUCUACCUCAUCAGUUAAGAAAUGUUGGAUCAAUUCAAUCUGAAAUCGAACUUGCUGCAGCAACAACAACAACAAUAAUAACGACAAGAACAGUGAAUACAAUAACCGUAGCCAGUAAGAAAACCUAACUCUAACCUAUCAUUACUAACCAUUCAAACAGUUUCCUUAUAUAGCCGAUUGGUUGGUUUUUUCUAUAACCAAAUUUCAUGUAUGCAGUAAAAUUAGAAGGAAGAAAGGAUGUAUAAUGUGGACAGAAGGGAUUUUCAGAAAAUCCAUUUAAUAACCGUUAUUCGGUUUAACUUAAAAUUGUUUAAAGAAACAUAAAAAAAGAUAUGUGAUUUGUUUCGCGUCUCUUUCCAGAAUGAAUUUGUAUUUUGCUGUGUUUUACUAGGUACGAUGAUCAUUUGCAUUUAUCAUUCGAGUAGCAAGGCUUUAUUUGUCUUAUAUCAUAAACACACAUAUACACUCACACUCACACUAGAAAACUAGUAAAUGCAUCGAAUCCAUUCAUUAUAUUGCUACUCCGAUUUUGCUGAAACAUUUGUCAUUUUUUACAGUCAUACAAUGAUUUAUUGAUUAGUGUUUACGUUCUACAAUGAGACAGGUAAAACAUGAAUAAAUACAAAGAACGUUUACGAAUAAGAUCGAACUAAAUAAUUAUAUUUAGAUUUAAUGAAGUACUACUGACGAUUGAAGUCUAUAUAAUAAAAAAACAAA